AUGCCUGCAAUAGAUUUCUCCUCGGAUUUCGAUCCGGUCCCACUUCCCAACAAGGGUCCCAAAACCCUCCUACUAUGUCCCCCCGCUGUCGCCGCCAAACCAGAGAUCCUCCAGGCCGCCCUGGCAACCCACCCUCGCACAUCCACCGAUGUUCAAAUGCUCGAUCGUAUCGCACUCGGUCUCGUCAAUCUUCCCGCCGAGGCUUAUGCUACCGUAAUCCUCCUCUCCGAUCCUGCUUCUUCUUCCUAUAAUAUCGAUACCACCGUUUUACAAAAGGUGGUGUCGUCUAUGACACCUGGUUCUAGAUGGACAUCUGAGAGCAAGGAAGCUUUGAAGGGUAUUGAUCGACUACAGGUUGUGCUUGCUGGGUUGGUGGUUGAUGAUAAAGAUGGGGUCUUAUCGUUUUCGAAGCCGGAUUAUUCCAAGAGUGCUGCUGUCCCGUUGAGGUUUGGAAGGAAGAAGGAGACAACUACGACUUCGAAUGGAACUGCUGCUGUUCCUUUAAAUGGUGCCUCUUCUACUACCGCUGCUGCUGCUACUGCUGCUGUCCCAUUGAAUGGGGUUAAGGUAGAGAAGAAGGAAUAUAAAGUUGGAUUUGUGGAUUUAGGAGAUGAUCUGGAUGCCGACUUUGGGGAAGAAGAUGACGAUGAUGAUUUGAUUGAUGAGAAUGAACUGCUGGAUGACUCUGAUCUUGCUAUGCCGGUUCAACAACCCCCGGAAUGCCGUCCGAAGCCUGGAAAACGUCGGAGAGCAUGCAAAGACUGCACAUGCGGAUUGAAGGAAAAGAUCGAGGCAGAAGAUAAAGUAAAGAGAGAUGCAGCUGAUAAAGCACUUGCUGCCAUUGUCAAAGCACCGCCACCACCGCCACCAAAGGCUGUCAAGCUAGACCUAGACGAUUUGGCAGAAAUCGACUUUACAGUCGAAGGGAAAGCCAGCAGCUGUGGGAAUUGUUACCUCGGAGAUGCUUUCAGAUGCGACGGAUGUCCGUAUAUUGGACUGCCAGCGUUCAAGCCGGGCGAGCAGGUCCGUAUACCUGUUGGAGACGACCAGUUGUAA